UCUCUUGAAUCUGUUUUUCUUGUUUAAGAUGUUUUUUAGCCUUUUUCGUUUUUUGGUUGGAAAUUCCAGAGCGAAAGGGCUUGUUUCAUUAGGGGAAGGGGAAAAUCUUUGAUGUGUUGAUCUUUGUGGUAUAUCGUUUUGUGUUGGUUAUGGGUUUAGGGUUUUCGGGGGGAUGUGAUCUGCUUGGCUGGUCUGUUGCAUGCCAUCCUCUCUCUCUCUCUCUCUCUCUCUCUCUCUCUCUCUCUCUCUCGCUUAUAUUGUUCGAAUGGGAUCGUGAAUGCUUGAGGCAAUGCUUCACACAAUGUAAGGAAAGGGAUAAAGGCGUAGCCUUAUUGGAGAAACUUUGAAGUUUUUGGGUACCAUUCAGCUUCUUUUUUAUUUUAAAUUUGAAUCCAUCAAGUUCUGGGUGUUGUUUAUUCUGGUUGCGAAUGUCGACUUCGAGCUGGUAAGGGUUGUAGCAUUUGAUCAAAUUCCUUGAUUCGGUGUUCGACAUUAUCGCGUUUAGAAUGGUUUUCCUCGUAGUCGUUCAGCUCGUUAUCAGCUAUCUUCCCGGCACGGGAGAUGGAUGGAAGACGAAUUUUAGCGGUUGAAGUUAGCAUGUGUUCCAGGGAUCAGCUCUUUGUGGACAUUGUGGCAUUGGAGGUCUUUUUUUUUUUUUAAUCAAAAUCUUGUUGGAGCGUUAUGAUUAAUUUUUUCUGUGAGUGGGUUUAGCUUUGGUGUAGCAGAAUUUAAUUUUUUUUUUCUUUUGUCACCAGUCGUCUGCGCAUUAAUUUUUUUCAGUAUAGGGGUUUAUAGUUUCUUAGGACCUUGAGUGUGCUGUCAGAUCUACUUCCUAGUUAACGUCAUUGUCUAUGAAGCUGUAAUCCAAAUAACUCUCACAAAACCCAAUUAUGUUUUCCAUGUCAUGUUGGCGUUCCAUGGGUUAUCCAGCAUACAAAAAUUUAAGUGUCUCCAUUGCUGGUUUACGAAAUGCUGUAAAUUCUUGCUAAUGCUCUAUCAACUGAGGGAAAAUGAGGCUGGUUGCUUUUAGUUGCCAGAGUUUGUGGAUCUUGGUUUGUCAAGGAAAAACAUGAACUUCUGCAUGUGGGUUGUGUGGGAAUUCCUUUCCAUCAUUCUUUUAGUUCGAAUAAGUUAAUAACUUCCUUAUUGUUGCCAAUGACAAUUUAUCUGUGCCCUUUUUAUCCAUACCCAGUUAUCACUUGGAGUUUUACUAUUGCCUUUCUUAGCUUAGAUGAUACAAAUCUCUCUUUCCCUGUUUCUCAUUUUCUUGGGGUGUUUGCAGCUGUUUGUUUAUGUUGAUCAAACUUUUAUAACUAUGCGGCCAUUUCUAAGAAUCUCUGCUGUUUAAGUCUGAGGGUUCACAGAUGCAAAAUGCAGUUAGGAAGUUGCUCGCAGAGGAGAUUGAUUCAAGAGGUUCAGUCACAUCAUGAUCCAUUAUUAUCCACAGUGCAUGAAUCAGAAACAUGGAUGUUUCUCCAUUCAAGGCAUCCAAGAGGUCUCUCUUUGCAUUGAGGAUGGUACUAUUGUUCUUUGCAAUGACUUUUGGUGUCUAUAUUUGUUCCAUCUGUUUGAAGCAAAUAAGCACAAGGAUCACACCGCAGUAUGUACUAUUGCCUAAACUGGAAAUGACUGAAAGGAAUUGCAAAAUACCAGAUGUUCCAACUGAAGAUUUACUUUAUGUGCAUUACCCACAGCCUAAAACUUAUAGCAGGGGUGAAUGUGAAUGCUCUCCUGUACGUUUCUUUGUUAUUCUGUCCAUGCAAAGAUCUGGAAGCGGAUGGUUUGAAACUUUGUUAAACAGUCAUCCCAAUGUUAGCUCUAAUGGGGAGAUCUUUUCUGUGAAAGAAAGGAGAGAAAAUUUCUCAACCAUCGAGAGAACAUUGGAUAGAGUGUACAACUUAGAAUGGGUGAGUAGUGCUGCAAAGAACGACUGUGUGGCUGCUGUUGGGUUCAAGUGGAUGCUUAACCAGGCCGCCAUGGAGUAUCACAGAGAAAUAGUCAAGUAUUUCAAUCGGCGGGGCGUUUUGGUGAUUUUUCUUUUUCGUCAAAAUCUUCUGCGCAGACUCAUCUCUGUUCUGGCUAAUGCAUACGAUAGAGAAAAAAAGCUGCUUAAUGGAACACAUAAGUCACAUGUGCAUUCAGAAAAAGAGGCAGAAGUUCUUGCUAUGUACAGACCAGUAAUCAAUACUGCAAACUUGUUGACUAAUCUGAAAAGUGUUGAGAAAGUGAUGGAAGAUUCCUUGAGGUUUUUCAAUAGCACGCGCCAUAUAUUAUUGUACUAUGAGAAGCUUAUAAAUAAUCAGGAUCUUUCUGCGGUACAAAAAUUUUUAGGGGUGCCAGUGAGAGAACUGAAGAGUCGCCAGGUGAAGAUUCACACAAGACCUCCUUCAGCACAGAUUGACAAUUGGGGUGAUGUACACAGGACACUGAGAGGAACCGAGUAUGAGCAUUUCCUUGAACAUGCAGAUCAUAUAACUUAAUUGUAUUUUUGAGUGUUUAUAAAUGUUUUUUGCCAGAUUUUGGCUCUUGAGAGUAGUCCUUUCUUCUCCCUUCUCCAUUCACCUUGUCUCCUAUCUUAGGUUCAAAGUCCUCCAAGAGGAUUGAAUAUGUUCUGAUGUAAAAAAUAGUCAUUCAGAAUUUUCAGUCGAUUAUUGAAAUUUAAUUAUUAAGAAUCA